CGAGGUGGCGACCACGCGACGAACCUACGAGAUGAUCGUCGUCGCGCCGAACCUGCGACUUUUUAACGCCGCGCUGCGGUACGUGUGGGACGCGGUCCGCCGGGCUUUCGCGGCCGCGGUCGCGGCGUUAACGGUCGCGACCGGAACUCCGGCCGCCGCCGCCACCGUCGCCGUGCCGCUAAGCGUAAACUAUCACUUCACGCGGCAGUGCAACUACAGCUGCGGCUUUUGCUUUCACACGGCCAAGACGUCGUUCGUGCUGCCGCUGGACGAGGCGAAGCGCGGGCUGACCAUGCUGGCGGAAGCCGGAAUGAAAAAGCUCAACUUUUCGGGCGGCGAGCCGUUCGUCCGGGACGGCGGCCGGUUCAUGGGCGAGCUCAUCCGGUUCUGCAAGACGGAACUCCGGUGGGCGGGCAUCAGCGUGUCGAUCGUGUCCAACGGCAGCCUGAUCCGGGAGGAGUGGAUGGUCCGGUACGGCGAGCACGUGGACAUGCUGGCCGUGUCGUGCGACUCGUUCGACGCCGACACGAACCGGACGAUCGGCCGGCGGCAGGGCGGCCGGACGGAUCACGUGGCGAAGCUGUACGAGGUGCGCGAGUGGUGCGGCCGGCACAAGAUCGCGUUCAAGGUCAACACGGUGGUCAACGCGUACAACGUGGACGAGUCGUUCGCCGAGCACAUUGGCCGGCUGCGGCCGGUCCGGUGGAAGGUGUUCCAGUGCCUGUUGCUGGAGGGCGAGAACGCGGGCGAGGGCGCGUUGCGCGACGCCGCCCGGUUCUACGUCACCGACGAGCAGUUCCGGGGGUUCUUGCGCCGGCACGACCACGUCCCGUCGCUGGUGCCGGAGAACAACGACGCGAUGCGGGACAGCUACCUGAUCCUGGACGAGUACAUGCGGUUCCUCAACUGCCGCAACGGCAGGAAGGAACCCUCGGCGUCCCUCCUGGACGUCGGCGUCCAGCACGCGCUCCUCGGUUCCGGUUUCGACGAAAAGGCUUUCCUGGACCGGGGCGGCGUUUACGUGUGGAGCAAACGGCAGCUGCCCGCAGCCGAGCUCGAGUGGUGACGCCGGCCAAAUAAUAUUAUGACGUGUUCUCUCCCAAAGUCGUAACGUCUUCUCUCGCCUCUGCACCUCUUUUGGCCGCGAUAUUUUCGUUUUUAAUGCAAUUAUACAUAAUAUUAUAUUAUUGUUAUGGCACGCGUGCCGGCUGCACGUCCUACGUUUGAUUUUAAAUAAUUAAUAGUGUGGUGUCAUUUUUCGUGUCACGAAUAACUCUUUUAACGGGUGGACAUGUCGGUGUAGUCUCGUUCGUCAAUAUUCGAGUGGCUUAUACAACGACUGAAUAAUAAAAUUUAGGACAAAGUCGCGUUUCAAAAAAAAAAAAAAAAAAAAAAAAAUUAGCUCUGCGUUUAUUCAAAUAACAAAUCUAAUAUUGCUUCUCGCCUCUGACGUGCUGGCCGGUGUUUAAAUCAAAAGGUAGAUGAUAUAGGUACUCGUUGCCCGUUGGACAUUUAUUAUCGCGU